AUCUGUGAACAGAGUCAAAUGAUGUAACAACAUGAAAAAGUGAAAUAAACUGUUACUCGUUCAACCUGCUAUUAAUAUGUCAUCGCCGUUAAGUGCCUACAUGGAGAACGUCAUUGAGGAGAGUGGAGGGUUCGGAAGAUUCCAAACACUCCUCUUCCUUGUUACCAUGCCAUCCAAGUUAGGGAUGGGGUGGAGCAUGUUGAUGAUGUCCAUAGCAGGGGCCGUCCCGCAAUGGUGGUGUAUGCAUGACCACACAUCUAGGCCCGGAAACAGUACAGAGUCGCCGAUAGAGAGAUACCAGAAUGACAGUAAUUUACAUCAAUGCACUAUUCACGGUUCCGGAAAUUCGACUGAGGAAUGUCAAACAUUUAAACUUGAUGACAGCCUUUACACCAUUGUCAAUGAGUGGGACCUGAUCUGUGAUCGCGAUGGAAUCCCGUCUACGAUCACAACCAUACAGAUGUCUGGUAUACUUGUGAGUGGACUGAUAGCAGGACAAUUCGCCGACUACUAUGGCCGUAAACCUACCUAUUUUCUAUCUAUGUUGAUUCUUCUACUGGGAAAUGUCGGGUGUGCUUUCUCGGUAAGUUGGGAGAUGUUUGCAGCAUUCCGUUUCCUGAUUGGCUUUGGACUGGGUUGUUACAUCACAGUGUUCUAUACCUAUAUGAUAGAGUUCACGCCUACCAAGUACCGGGCAAUCAUUGUAACCAUUCCUAUCUGGCCUAUGGGCCUGUGUUUAUUUGCCUUGGUCGGUUGGUGGCUGCAUGAUUGGAAAGAUCUGCAUAUUGCUAACGCUAUUUCUAUUGCUCCACUGCUGCUUUUCUGGGGCCUGGUUCCCGAGAGUUUCCGAUGGCUGGUGUCGCACGAUAGACUACCGGAGGCUGAAUCAGUCAUUAACAGAAUAGCUCGGACCAACCGUAGGCCAGCACCUGACCUUGGAGGUCUGGUCGAGAUCACAAGGUCAGAGGUCAAGGCGAAUCAAAGGCGGAUUUACAGCAUAAGAGAUCUCUUCAGUUCGUGGUUUCUUAUUAAAACCACGGUGUUGCUGGCGAUAAGUUGGUUUUGCAGUUCCUAUGUGUAUUACGCCAUAUCAUUCGGCGUUGAGAAUCUCUCCGGGGACAUCUACUUCAAUUUCUUUCUCAUCCAAGUGAUAGACAUCCCGGCUAUGGUACUAACUUACAUCCUCGUCAACCUGGUGGGUAGGAGGCCUCUAGCUGUCUUCUUCUACGCCCUGGGAGGAUUGGCAGGGCUCGCCGUGGCCGCAAUAGAAGUAUCAGAUAUCGCCGACAAGGAUACAAUGAGGACAAUAUUUGCUUUGAUAACCAAAGUAUGUGUGGUCAUAGGAUGGUCUGGCAUACAAUUACUGACCUCCGAGUCCUAUCCCACUGUCGUAAGGAACAUUGGCUAUGGGUUACAGAGUGCAGUGGCGAGGACCGGAAGUAUGCUGGCUCCCAAAAUCGUGUAUUUGAACAACGAUGUUCCGGGUAUAAUGUAUUUCCUAGCCGGAGGUUGUAUGUUACUGACAGCCAUUGCGUCUCUGUUUCUCAUGGAAACGAAAGGCAAGGUUCUGCUGGAUAAUAUAAAAAGGGAUACCAUAGUUAAAGACCCGGAAAAGGAGAGACUCAUUCCGGACACAAAUCCUAGAUUGGAUUACACAGAAAAUAAAACUAAUAUGAACGUUGAUGGUGUUGGAUUCGACGAAAACAGUUUAAUGGAUUCCAGUGAUCUCAUUAGCGCUGCAGAGAAACAAAUAGAGGCGCGUGUUUGACGAAGAUCCUAUCGACAUGUCGUUGUGUCUACCCAUUGAGUUGAUAACAGUGCAACGCUGGAUCUCAAUUUAGAACUGUAGAUUAACUUAUUUUUAUUUGUUGUCAUGAAAACUGAUUCAAAACAAAUGAUCGAGCCCUGGUAACAACGUAUGAUAUAUAUUAUAAAAUUGCCAACAGGUAAAUUUAAAAGGCGAUGUUGACAUUAGAACCCUUCGGAUUAAUUAAACAUAUUUAAUGGUGACAUUGUAAGAGGGGCAGAUGUAUAUCGAGAGAGAAGCCCUGGGAUAUAAAGUGCCCUGAAUUAGGAAAUGAUAGAGCUCCCGUUUACCAGGGAAAAUCUCGGGCUGCGGAUGUAAUGAUAGAGCUCCCGUUUACCAGGGAAAAUCUCGGCCCGGGAUGUAAUGAUAGAGCUCCCGUUUACCAGGGAAAAUCUCGGCCCGGGGAUGUAAUGAUAGAGCUCCCGUUUACCAGGGAAAAUCUCGGCCCGGGAUGUAAUGAUAGAGCUCCCGUUUACCAGGGAAAAUCUCGGGCUGCGGAUGUAAUGAUAGAGCUCCCGUUUACCAGGGAAAAUCUCGGGCUGCGGAUGUAAUGAUAGAGCUCCCGUUUACCAGGGAAAAUCUCGGCCCGGGAUGUAAUAACAGAGCUCCCGUUUACCAGGGAAAAUCUCGGGCUGCGGAUGUAAUGAUAGAGCUCCCGUUUACCAGGGAAAAUCUCGGCCCGGGAUGUAAUGAUAGAGCUCCCGUUUACCAGGGAAAAUCUCGGGCUGCGGAUGUAAUGAUAGAGCUCCCGUUUACCAGGGAAAAUCUCGGGCUGCGGAUGUAAUGAUAGAGCUCCCGUUUACCAGGGAAAAUCUCGGGCUGCGGAUGUAAUGAUAGAGCUCCCGUUUACCAGGGAAAAUCUCGGUCCGGGAUGUAAUGACAGAGCUCCCGUUUACCAGGGAAUAUCUCGGCCUGGGGAUGUAAUGAUAGAGCUCCCGUUUACCAGGGAAUAUCUCGGCCUGGGGAUGAAAUGAUAGAGCUCCCGUUUACCAGGGAAAGAGCUCCUGUUUACCAGGGAAUAUCUCGGCCUGGGGAUGUAAGGAUAGAGCUCCUGUUUACCAGGGAAUAUCUCGGCCUGGGGAUGUAAUGAUAGAGCUCCCGUUUACCAGGGAAAAUCUCGGCCUGGGGAUGUAAUGACAGAGCUCCUGUUUACCAGGGAAUAUCUCGGCCUGGGGAUGUAAUGAUAGAGCUCCCGUUUACCAGGGAAAGAGCUCCUGUUUACCAGGGAAUAUCUCGGCCUGGGGAUGUAAGGAUAGAGCUCCUCUGAGCCAGGAAAAAUCUCGGCCUGGGGAUGUAAAGAUAGAGCUCCUGUUUACCAGGGAAUAUCUCGGCCCGGGGAUGCAAAAUAGAGCUCCCGUUUACCAGGGAAAAUCUCGGCCUGGGUAUGUAAUGAUAGAGUUCCCGUUUACCAGGGAAAGAGCUCCUGUUUACCAGGGAAUAUCUCGGCCUGGGGAUGUAAAGAUAGAGCUCCCGUUUACCAGGGAAAAUCUCGGCCUGAGGACAUUUAAUUUUUUAUUAUAGAAUGAGAAAACAUUGGUUCAUAUCAAUUACCAGUAAUAUAAAGAUCGCUCCACCUGGGACAAGUUUCAUCAAUAUUCCCUAAUUUAAGGAGAUUUCUUAACUUCGAACUUUCCACAAGGAAGCAAUACAGAAUUUAAGGAAGGUUCCUCAACUUAACAUUUCCCAUUAAAUUAUGAAAUGCUUUCCUAUGGGAAUUUUAAGUUAAGGAACAUCCUUCCACACCAUUGUCAAUGGAGUUACCGUUCGUAUGUUAGAUUAUAUGUAUUUUCGUUCUUCCUUACCUGUCUUAGACAUUUGAAUGAAUAUUAAUUCCCCUCCCUUAUUUAUUGAAUCUGAACACAUAAACUGUGGCAAGGCUAAUUAUAUGUAACAAGAUUAUGUCAAGAUGACAGACGUCCUUGUCAUGUUGGUUUUCACUGUUCAUAUUGUAUAUUAUUUAUUGUUAUUGAGUAUUGUAUUGUUGUUACAUAUACCUCUCCGAAAUUGUUGUCAUUAAAUUCAUUUCUGUUCUUA